AUGAAGUUCUUCGGGUGGAUGCAGAACAAGCUACAUGGGAAACAAGUGGUUACUCAUAGACCUAGCAUAUCAUCUGCUUCUUCUCAUCAACCAAGAGAGGAGUUUAGCGAUUGGCCUCACGGAUUACUAGCGAUUGGAACGUUCGGUGGUGUGAACAAAGAGCCAACACCACAACAACUUGAUCAAGAAGUAAUUAUUCAAGAAGAGACGUCAUCUAACGUGCACGUGGAAAUUGAAGCGCAAGAUCUUUCUUCCUCGGACGAUCUAGAAGAUUUCACUCCCGAGGAAGUUGGGAAACUUCAAAAGGAGCUGACGAAACUCUUGACAAGAAGGAGCAAGAAGAGGAAGUCCGAUGUGAAUAGAGAACUUGCGAAUCUUCCUUUGGAUAGAUUCUUGAAUUGUCCUUCUAGUCUUGAGGUCGAUAGACGAAUCAGCAUCGCGCUUUCUCGUUGUGGGGAUUCUGAUGAGAAAGAAGAAGAUAUCGAGCGUACGAUCAGUGUUAUACUGGGAAGAUGCAAAGCGAUUUCUACAGAGAGCAAGAAUAAGAAGAAGAAGAGUAAGAGAGAAUUGAGCAAAAACUCUGUUUCUUAUCUUCUUAAGAAGAUGUUUGUAUGUACAGAGGGUUUCUCUCCUGCUCCUAACCCUAGCUUGAGAGACACGUUUCAAGAAUCAAGAAUGGAGAAGUUGCUGAGGACGAUGCUACACAAGAAGAUUAACACUCAAGCUUCUUCAAAGCAAGCAUCAACGAAGAAAUACGUGCAAGACAAGCAACAGCUUUCAUUGAAAAAUGAGGAAGAAGAAGCAAGAAGUAGCAGCGAUGGUGGUAAAUGGGUCAAAACAGAUUCUGAUUUCAUUGUUCUUGAGAUCUGA